AUGGCGACAAAAAGGAAAAUGAUGCCACCGUUAACAAUGUCGCUUUAUCAUGAUUUGGAUAUUGGUUCGACCGUUACUGAAAAAUCAGAAAACUGUACUAAUGCAAAUGAUGUUGGUGAAGAUUCCAGUUGUAGCAUGCAGAAGAAAUCCCGAAACGAGAGUGCAACUUCUGAAGGGUCGAGCAGGACUGGUGAAGAUGAUGGUGCUGUCAGUAAACUGGUUAGCGUAUGUGGUUGGCGGAAAGGUGAGCGUCAAGAUAUGCAAGAUGCACAUGUUCGAUUGGAUCACUUCGGAUUCACCUCCAUCUGUAACAUUCAACGAAGUGCUUUUUAUGCGAUUUUUGAUGGUCAUGCUGGACGUCGAGCUGCAGAUUUUGCUGCUGAACGUUUGCCGCCUAAACUGAAGAGGAAAUUAGAAGCAUAUUCUGAUUUCGCUUCUUUGGAGAAAGGAAUAAAAAAAUGCUUCAUCGAUACUUAUAAGCAAAUCGAUGAACAAUUUCUAGUUGAAGCUCGUCGAACGAGACCUUCAUGGAAAGAUGGUACGACAGCGACCACAAUUGUGCUGAUUAACAAUAUUAUUUAUUGUGCAAACAUCGGCGAUUCAAAGGCAGUAGUUUGCCGUAGUAAGUCAGGAACUGAGGAAGCAAAGGAUGUUGCAAUGCAGUUAACAGUAGAUCAUUCGCCGUUGCAUUUCGAAGAGCGAAUGCGGAUUCAGAAGGCAGGCGGUAAUGUUAAGGAUGGUCGCAUAAUGGGCAUUUUGGAGGUUUCCCGAUCGAUUGGGGAUGGUCAGUUCAAGGCAUACGGACUCAUUUGUACACCUGAUGUCAAAAAAUUUUCUAUCACGAAGGAUGACAUAUUUGUUCUCAUUGCGUGUGAUGGUUUGUGGAAAACGUUCAGCAAUCAACAGGCAGUGGAUUACGUUAUGAUGAAAAUAAGACAGUUAACGAAGCCUGGUGUUGAGCAAGAAUCAGAAACACGUGAAAUGAUUUGGCAGAAUGUUGCGGAUGACUUGGCCGCAGAAUCGGUAAAACGAGGCUGUGGCGAUAAUGUUUCCGUUAUUAUUGUGGUACUUAAUGAUUCGCAGGAUGAUUUGAUUAUGAAACAAAAUAUUUCUUAA